GAGUUGGCCUAGAACGUCCAUGCUAAGGUCUUCCUCCUUCAACAUCACCACCACCUUCCAAAGGUCCCUGCGGCGACUAGCUGCAGGACCUCAGCGUCACCACACAACUAUAACUGCGACUCCCGUAGAGCUUCACUAUACUGAGCUUAUACCACCAAAUGGCAAUAAGACUGACCGAGCACUCGUUAUACUUCAUGGCUUAUUCGGUUCCAAACGGAACUGGACAUCUCUCACCAAAGCCUUCCUGCGCGACCUGAAUCGACCUGUAUAUGCUUUGGACCUUCGCAAUCACGGAACGUCGCCGCAUGCCUUGCCUAUGACCCACUCCGCCAUGGCUUCGGACGUCCUCCACUUCAUCUCGAAACACCAUUUAACAAAUGUAUCCUUGCUGGGGCACUCCAUGGGAGGUAAAGUUGCUGCCGCCGUAGCAUUGGAUCCCAAUCUCGGAGCGUCGACGCUUUCUCACCUUAUUUCCGUGGACAUAACACCCGCCAGAGGAAAUCUCUCCAAUGAGUUCCAAUCGUAUGUUGAGGUUAUGAAGAGGAUUGAGGCCAUGAAGGUGAAAACACGGAAGGAAGCUGUCGAGAUUUUGCAUGAAACAGAGAAGGACCCAAGUAUCGUCAUGUUCCUACUCACAAAUCUUGUAGUGCCUCCACACACUUCACAUGAGCAUACACAUUUUCGAAUUCCGAUAAACAUCCUUGGGAAUUCGAUUCAAGAUAUUGGGUCGUUCCCUUAUGAAAGCGGAGAACGGCGGUGGGACGGAAAGGCCUUGUUUAUUAAAGGGGCGAAGAGCGCCUACAUCAAUCGGCAUAAUAUCCCGAUCGCCAAAUCGUUCUUCCCUAACAUGGUGCUCGAAACGUUGGACGCUGGCCAUUGGGUUCAUGCUGAGCAGCCGAUGGAGUUUAAGAAACUCGUCACAAAUUUCAUAUCAUAGAAGGGUAGACGCCGAGGUUUUCCAAGAAGGACAUGCUAGAGCAUAUCAUAUCCUUUAUGUAGACAUAGAAACGCAAUUGGCACUGCUUGAUCCUGUGAAAACAGGCGACCCGUCAUAUAUCGUAUGUGCCGAUGCCUCUUUUCAUCUGGCUUCUAAAAACG